AUGGAACGACCCGAAAUCAACUGCUGCUGUGGCAGACUGGACUGCGCUUAUCUCCAACAUAACAGCGCCGCGCUGGCAAGUCUGGAAAAGGACGUUCACAUCGCCGCGCGACUUGGCCAGGCUCUACUAGGACGCCAUGAAUCCUACAUGGCUGAAGCGGAAGCCGAUCGCACCAGGAUGAUUGCGGAAAUUGAGAAAUUAGAGGAGCAAAAGAAAGAGGCGCAGGCCGAAAAUGCUAAGAUCAUACAAGAAAACAGAGGCCUCCUAGACCAGUUAGAAGGUCUGAACGAUGUCAUAUCGGAGUCCGAUGCCCAUAUCAAAGCUCUGAACACCUCGUUGGAAAGCGUUCAGCUCGAGGUGCGACGAUUGACGGCUGCAGCAUCAAGGGCGACCAUUCUUGAAGCGCAGCUGACUCAACUAGAGGUUGACCAAGCGCGGCUGCAAGAUACGCUUACUGCAACUGAAGAAAAUGAGCGUUCUGCCAUCCACCGCUGGCGACAGGCGGAAAGGACACUGAGAGACUUACACGAACAGGUAGAAAAAAUCGAGAAGGAGUCAAGGGGUGAACGCGAGAAGCAUGCGGAGCUACUAGCCCAAAUGGAGCGGCGGAGAACAGUAGAAAGAGAACUAGAUACGGCUGCUGGAAGACUUAAGGGCGCCGCCGCAACCGCCUCUCUGGGCCGGAAUACCAGUGGAACAAGCAUCGUGUCUCAUUUCGUGCGAGAUAUACUACAAGACAAUGCCAAUCUUCAGUUCAGCCUCAAUGAGCUUAAAGAGUUGUUACAAAGCUCGGACGAGGAAGUUCGAUCUUUAAGGGAUAAACUAAUGCUCCAUCAUCAACAACUGUGUGGAGGAGAACAGGAAGCUUCGAGUGAAGGUGCUUCCCAUGUACUUCUCAGCGAGGAGCUACAGAAGGUUCAAUCUCCCUCGCAAGAAUUUCAUGUCCACCACCACUAUCACGCUUCUAUUGGGGCUACUUCGCAACGCAAAGACCGAAACCGCUUCUCGCUGCACCGUCCGCAAAAGAAAAGAAGAACUAUUUUUCCAACCCUUUUUGAAUCUCCGCCGAAAGGCUCAACUGGAAGCCCAUUAUCCCCCAACUCACGGCACCUGACUUCUCCUUCAACCGCAUUGGGAACACCACCUUUGUCUACGAGUGCUAAUCACUGGGUAGACCAAACACCCGGCCUGGUGUUCUCGUCUGGCCCAAGCUCUCCAAGAUCCACGUACAAAGCUUCCUCGUUGUUUGAUCGCUCUGAUGUUGGUUUUGAUUCCUCUCGCCCGACAAGUCCCGAAAGUGGGUUUGCUUCCCCACUUAGCAGGCCAUGUCAUCGAAAGUUGCCAUCAGAUACUUCGAUACGAUCCGUCCUAGACGAGCGAUGGCUGGACGACCUACCCUCCAUACCCCUUACUUUCCCGCGAUCGAGGGCAGACUUGUCCAGCAAACCGAACAUUCUUACUGAGAACGACGAGUCUGGAAACAAAGAUGGAAGCUUUCCAGGGCUCCCAACCCUAGAAGAACACGAGGAUAAUGCGGAUACUCGUGCUUGCUGUGCUGCUGAUGAUCAAGUUGUCAUGCCACUUCGUUCGCCUCAGUUACAUCGAUCUGCAUCCCACGAGAGUCUUUUAUCCAUUUCAGGAAUGGAUAUCCAUUCCACAAGCGAGUACUUGAGCAAUUCCUUCUCUCACACGGUAUUCGUUCCCAAAAAGCCUCGGCGAAUUGCAUCUGCAGGCACGAUAUUUUCAUCUACCCUUCCUGUCACUUCACUGACCGACGUCACGGUGUCCAAAGUUUCAAUCAGCAAGAGUAAAUCUCCACAUUCUCUCUUAUCAUCUGUAGCCUUUUCUACGAUACCAUCGAAUACUGCAACCAGUGCCACUUCAACCGUCAGCAAAACCUAUUCGGAGCCACAGUUGUGUCAGGAUCCCCAACCAACAAACAUAAAAAGUCGCAUGGGAAGCUGGAUUUUGGGGAAAUGGUCUUCCCCGUUAAGGCCUACAGCUCGUCCUGAUCCCGUAAACCCAUCCGCAUCGACUAUAUUCACCUCAUCUUUACUUUCCAGCUCUCCAGCCAGUAAAGAGUCUGCACGAUCGCCCGAAAUACCACUCUUCAGGUCGCCAGGUGUAAACCAGAAAGGACUCAUUCUUGGUUUAAGACCCCCUGAAAAAACACCUAUUUCUCUUCAUCCAGAAACUAUUGAUGAAGCGUUAUUACGAGAGAGCUUAGAAGAGUAA